UAUCGGCAUCACGCUCCGCAACAGCACCCUCAAUUCUCUGCCCCGAACUUUUACGAUCAAGGCCAACCUCAACAGGUGUAUUACCAGACGCCUUCCUACCAGCAGCCUCAAUAUCCUUCUCCAAUCACUCCACAGAGUCAAUUCCCACACGACGAUCGAUACUCACCCGAUCCGUUACAAUACUACCAGCCGCCACCCCAGGGAUAUCAACAUCAGCAACAGCCUCCGCCUCGACCUUCGGCGUCACAGCCUCAACUUUUGCGACCUGAGGUGCCAAGACAGCCGACCCAUCGCUCUUCAUCACAGUCACAAUGGCAGCAGUCUUCUCAACCUCCACGGCAGCCUAGUCUGGCCUCACCCGUGAACACACCGUCUCAAGUACCGCAGCAAAGGCAGCAGCAGCAGCAUCGUCCUCCGUCUCAAUCUCAUCCACCAUCAGUCCACUCCCAAACGCCCGUGCCGCUGCCUCAGAGCCAGCAAAUCCGUCAAGACUCGCAGCCUGGGUCUGCUCAAACCCAGCAUCAAACGCCCACUGUCGUCAACCCUCAGGAUUUGCAACGCAAAGUGGCUCACGUCCAGGUUCCCGUCGUCCGCAUGCUUCAACGAACGGAAGACAGCAUGGAGAGAGGGCCAAAACGCAGACGUUCCAACGACGGUCCGAUCCCUGCUAACACUCCAAGUGUUGACUACCAAGCCGCUCUGUUGACUCUUUCGGACGAGUAUAUCACUGCUGCUUACAGUAUGAGUGGUUCACUGAAUACUGCUGAAGUCGACGAGGACAUACUUGACCAUUACCACGCGCUGCUCGCCACGGGUAUGGGCUGUUUGGAAUCCGUACUGAACAAUUAUCGCAUACCAGAUGCUCGGAAGGAAGCACGGAUCCGCUUGCGACUUGCGAGCCUGUUGUUCGAGGAGACCGACAACGACACCGAGGCGGAAGAAGUGCUCAGCAAAGGCAUAUCAACCUGCGACCGAUUUAGACUGACCGAUGCGAAGUACGCCAUGCAUCACCUCCUCGCCCGAAUUUGGCACAGCGGUGGCAAGACCAAAGCGGCCAUGAAGGCUGUCGACAAGCUGAUCGUCGAGGCCGAAAAGCUUGGUCUCACCCACUGGAUCUACGCCUUCCGGUUCCUGCGGCUGUCCUUUGGCUUGCAGGCCGAGCAUCCUCAAACUGAGACUGCAACUCUCGUGAAGAAUUUGAGCGCAAUCAGUGACAUCGCCAGUCAAGAAUACAACAUUUCUGUCCAGAUUGUGGCUUCGGCAUUCACGGCACUCGUACACCUCCGCUCCACUUCUCCUGACAGCCUUGACAUGGCACAGCGAGCCCUUGCUACAGCGAGAGCCCAUCAACUUGGCCCUGAGAUGGCGUCAAUGCCUCAAGUCAAGGCCAUGCUUGACUUCCUGGAUCUGGCUUGUAGCCUCGUGAAUCUACAAGCCGAUCAAGCUAUCACCAAGAUGCGCUCCAUGCAGUCUGAUCUGGAUGCUGCUGCGAGAAAUCCGUUGUGGCCACAGAUCGGAAACGAAUGGUUCUUACCUUUAGCGCAGCUGAAGGGCACGUCCGCAGAUCUUGAACUCGACACUCAAGGCAUUUUCAAGACGACACCAAGUGGAGAUCCGGGUCUGUCUUUCAAGUGGCUGACCAAGACGCAAGUCUACACGCUUGGCUUUCUACUCAGUGGCCUGUCCAACAUGCAUAAAAAUGCCGGAACCGAACACCAUGCAGAGUCGUUCCUGAGUGAGGGGGUGAAAUUGAGCAACGCCACCUCCAAAGCAGCUCUGCAAUCGCUCACGGUCGCGUCCACACAGUACAAUCACCAGCGACGAAUGCGACUCGUGCUUCUCCUUUACGUUGUGUUUGCCAUGUGCGGUCGCUCAGAGUGGGAGACGGCCACGAAGGGUGUGGCUAAUAUCCGCAGAGAUCUUCAACAUCUGGAGCGCCAACCAGAUGGGAAUGUUCUCGCCCUCGUGACCUAUCUGGAGGCACUGUGCAAGCAUGGUCUGGGCGACCUGGCUGGCGCACUCCAUCUGUACCGCUCACCGGAGCUGGUUCUUACACCAGAAGAGCAGGGCAAGGCUGGCCAAGGGACCGUGAGUUCUGUCAAGGUGAUCGCCACUUUGAACGCCAUCCUGAUCAUGCGAAUGUCCAUGGCCAACGACGCCAAGGUCGACCAGUUACUGGCACAAAUCGAACCUUUCUGCACCACUCACACCAACAGCAAUGGCAACGAGUAUGGCAACAAGGCGCUCAAAGCAGCUUACAACCUGCUUGGCUGUACCUCGUCUUCGCCGAGGGACGGCGACGGCACCAUUCUCAAGACAAAGCAGUACAUGCAGAACGCCAUGCAAGCAGCGCGGAGCAGUGCUGACGACCAUCUGCUCUGCAUGCUGGUGAACAUCAUGACGGACCUGUUCUUUACCAAUGUCGUCGGCGAGCAAUCUGAGAAGUCAGCCAAAGCAGGCCGGAACCUUGCAAAGAAGACCCAGAACAAGCUGUGGACCGCUGUGUCGGACCGCAUGUAUGCCGAUACACUGGAUCGCUCUGGCAAGACGGGCGAUGCUGGUCUGAUCAGGAAUGAGGCGUGGGAGACGAUGCAUACGCUGCCUCCGUUGCUGCAGGAAGCAUUCGUCGAUGUCAAAAGGGAGAGCGUGAUGUGAUGAACGGCUGACAUGUCGGCUGAUGCGGAUGAGCAUUUUAUGGGUUUAAUGAAGGUACAUGUACAGGACAGACUUACUGGCGUUCACAAUGAGGGCGCAAUGAUCGGCAUGGGAUGGAAGCAUAAAGGGCAAAGUCUAAAUUACGGAGGACAAUGAUAUGUCGGGCCAACGAGGUAUGAUUGAUAAUGUUCAAAGCACGCAUCUCACCUGGUUGCAAAACC